CGUACCCGCCCUCCCGUGCAGGUGGCGCUUCUCACAGGCGGUCGUCCCGCGUGCCGCAGAGGGCUGAGCAGACCCGGUCAGCGGCCACUGCAGACACUUGCCAGGAUGUACAUGCAGGUGGAAACCCGCACCAGCUCCUGUCUCCAUCUGAAGAGGGCUCCGGGCAUCCGGUCGUGGUCCCUCCUGGUUGGCAUCCUGUCGACUGGGUUGGCUGCUGCCUACUACAGUGGAGAUAGUCUGGGUUGGAAGCUCUUCUAUGUCACAGGCUGCUUAUUCGUGGCUGUCCAAAAUCUGGAGGACUGGGAGGAAGCCAUCUUCAGCAAGAGCACUGGGAAGGUCGUUCUGAAAACAUUCAGCCUCUACAGGAAGCUGCUGACCCUUCUUAGAGCAGGCCAUGAUGAAGUGGUGGUCCUGCUUAAUGACAUCCGGGAUGUGAAUGUGGAGGAGGAGAAGGUCCGCUACUUUGGGAAGGGAUAUAUGGUAGUGCUGCGGUUCUCGACAGGCUUCUCCCACCCCCUCACCCAGAGUGCAGUCAUGGGGCACCGCAGUGCAUUCUACCCUUCCUGGUUGAUGUCCUCAGUGGUCAGGGUGGACCUGACCCUGGACAGGAUGCUUGGAUACUAUGGACUAUGGGGGAAGCACUGAAGAAGCUGCCUCUCCCCGAGGACCCCUGUCCGUCACUGACCCCAGGGAAAUGAACACUCCAGCCUCCUGCCCAGAUGCUUGCCUUAGCCCACCAGACUGCAGCAUGGUACUGGCCACCAAAGGACCACUGACUACCCUCCCCUCCCCUCAAGCCUGGGCAAAGAGAGAUCACCUCUUCCAGCAUCUUGUGGCUUGUGAAGACCAGAACUUCUGCAGAGACCCCUGCUCCAGCCCCGAGCCCUGCAAUCUGUAGGCGUAGAUCCCGCCCCUGGCUGUAGCCAUCUGUCACAGAAGCUGGAAGCCAGCCUGGGCCCAGGCCUGAGAGCCAUGGACUUCUCCCACUCAGCACCCAUGAUGUGCUUGUAGGCACAGCCAGGCAGAACUGGGAAGCCACAGCAUCCCUUAGACACAGGUCUGAGGCUGCUUUGAGGCCACUGGCCCUGGGCUGGGCAGGAUGAUCAGGCUGGCACCUUGGCAAGAGCAGAUCGCCUGCUUUGAAGUAGAUGCUCCUCAGCCCUGAGUUGGGAAACAUGGUACUUUAAUGAAUCUGGGAUGUUUUUGUUUCCUAAAAAGAAGUGUGUGAAAUACAGCAAGUGGUGUCUGGCUCAUCAGCCUAUGGGCUCAUUUUCUUGAUACUGGGGGCUAAACUAAGGGUCUUGUAUGUACUAGGCAGACAUAUCCCCAGGACAAAACUGAAACCAUGUUUUCAGUUUUGAGACAGUCUUGCUAAGCUGUGCAGCCUGGCCUUGAACUUGUGAUCUUCCCGCCUCAGCCUCCUGG